AUGAACGGCUUCCGUGCCGUGGCCGAUUUUCUCCACGCCUUGGCAGUUGUAUUGCUGUUGGGGAAGAUUCUGAAGGCCAAAACGGUGAAUGGAAUCUCCGGAAAGUCCCAGAUCCUCUUCGCACUGACCUACACAUGCCGGUAUUUUGACGUGUACGUUAUUUAUCUUUCGUUGUACAACACACUCAUGAAGGUGAGUCAUAAGUGAUUUUCAGCAGUAAAAAAGGGGUUCAGCUUAAAAAGGUUUGAAAAAUAGUGAUAAAUAGGGCUCAUAAAGGUUCGAGGUUAUGUUCAAGUUUGAAAAUUCUUCAAGCUCAAGUUCAACAAAGCUUGAAUUGAACUUGAAACCCUAUAAGUUUAAGUUGAAGCUUAACUUUGUGGUGGAAAAAGAGCUCAAAUUGCCUAGAAUAUAGCAUGUCUAUGCAAAAUUUUUUUCUUGAACGGAACAUUUUAGAUUUUUAGGCGCGACGAUUUUUCGGCUCAACGACAGUUCGGGUUGACAAUAAUUUUGGUCGCAGCCAUUCAUCGUUCUAUUCAUGGAGAGCCUAGAGGAAGGCUUACGUUAGUUAAUAUAAGUAAUAAGGCUUUGAUCCGUCCCUAGAAAGGCCCAGUUUAUCAACACACAAAGAGGAAAAGAUUUAUCCAAAUUCUGAAAAAAUUGCCGUCAAAACUUGGGUUUGAACUUCAACGCUCUGAAUGCUUGAACUUAGACUUGAAUUUAUUUAGCUUUCAAAAAUGAUCAAACUUGAACCUGAGUUUUCGAAACUCUUAUAAAAAUUCAAAAAAUUCUUUCAGGCUUUCUACCUCUCCGCGUUUUACCUAGCCCUCUACCUAAUCUUCAUCCAUUACCGUUCCAACGAAGCGUCAGAACAAGACUCAUUCCGCUUUGAAUUUCUCGUUCUCGGAUGUGCUUUGGUCACCAUUGUGUAUCCAUAUCAAUUGGACGCUUUUCGCGGCUUCGUUCCCCCUCCAUUUGACGUCAUUUUCGAGCUUUUCUGGGAGUUCUCCAUUUACCUCGAAGCUGUGGCCAUUAUCCCUCAACUUUACAUGCUGCGAAAUGUCAAGAUCGACAACUCGAUGACCUGCUAUUUGCUGGCGUUGGCAACGUAUCGAGGUCUUUACAUCGGCAAUUGGAUUUAUCGAUACAAUCACGAAGGAUAUUACGACCCGCUGGCCACUGUUUGUGGGUGCAUUUAUGUGAUGAUUUAUGUCGCCUUCUUCCUAUACCGCCUUCAAACGAAAGAAGAGAGAAGUGCCAGACUGAAGGCUCAAGUUUAUGAGAGGAUUCCGCCAAUUCCAGUUGAUUCAAAGAUUAAACCAUACAUGUAA